AUGUGUGGAAUCUUCGCGUGUCACCAUCACCCCGAUGUGCAAAAGUUCAAGCCACAGGCUUUGCGCAUGGCCAAGGCUGUGCGCCACCGUGGUCCCGAUUGGAUCCUCACUCACGAGCGUUUGAGUAUCGUCGGUGUUGACUCCGGUGCUCAGCCCCUUGUCAACGAUGAUGAGACCCUUGCCCUUGCCGUCAACGGUGAGAUCUACAACCACCGCAUCCUGCGGAAAGCCCUGAAGACCAAGUACAACUUCAAGACUCACUCUGACUGUGAGGUCAUCAUUCCCUUGUACAUGGAGCACGGUCUCGAUGCCCCCAAGCACCUUGACGGCAUGUUCUCCUGGGUUCUCUGGGACAAGAAGCUUGACCGCGUUGUUGCUGCCCGUGACCCCAUUGGUAUCACCAGUUUCUACCUCGGUCGCUCUUCUUCCACCCCCGGUGCUGUCUACUUCGCCUCCGAGCUUAAGUCUCUGCACCCGGUCUGCGACGACAUUAUCGCUUUCCCUCCCGGUCACGUCUAUGAUUCUAGCACCGACAAGAUGACUCGCUACUUCGAGCCUAAGUGGUGGGACCCCACCAACGUCCCCUCCACCCCCGUUGACCUGAAGGUCAUCCGUCACACUCUGGAGAAGUCCGUCCGCAAGCGCCUGAUGGCUGAGGUUCCCUACGGUGUCCUGCUGUCCGGUGGUCUCGACUCCAGUCUGGUGGCUUCUAUUGCUCAGCGUGAGACUAUCCGCAUGCAGGACGCUGCCCGCGCCGCCAUAAAGUCUGGGGCUACUACCUCGGAUUUGGUCGGUAUCGACGAUGAGAACGACCUGUCCACUGUCACCACUUUCCAGCAGCUCCACUCUUUCUCCAUUGGUCUGCCCGGUGCUCCUGACACUGAGGCUGCCCUGGAGGUUGCCAAGUUCCUGGGCACCAAGCACCACGCCUUCACUUUCACUAUCGAGGAUGGUCUGAACGCCCUUGCUGAUGUUAUCUACCACCUCGAGACCUACGAUGUGACCACCAUUCGUGCCUCGACUCCCAUGUACCUGCUGUCCCGUAAGAUUAAGGCUAUGGGCGUCAAGAUGGUUCUGAGUGGUGAGGGUAGUGACGAGAUCUUCGGUGGCUACCUCUACUUCCACGCCGCCCCCAACCGCGAGGAGUUCCACAAGGAGACUGUUCGCCGUGUCAAGAACCUGCACUUGGCUGACUGCCUGCGUGCCAACAAGUCGACCUCUGCCUGGGGUCUGGAGGCUCGUGUGCCUUUCCUCGACAAGGAGUUCCUGGAGGCCUCCAUGGCCGUGGACCCUAAGGACAAGAUGAUCACCGAGGGCCACAUCGAGAAGUACAUUCUGCGCAAGGCCUUUGACACCACUGAUGAGCCCGAUAACACCCCUUACCUCCCCGACAAGAUCCUGUGGCGCCAGAAGGAGCAAUUCUCUGACGGUGUUGGAUACGGAUGGAUCGACGGUCUGAAGGACACCGCCGAGCUGCAUGUCACUGACGAGAUGAUGGCGAACCCCAAGCCCGAGUGGGGUACCGAUAUUCCCGACACCAAGGAGGCUUACUGGUACCGUACCAUGUUCGAUGAGCAGUUCCCGCCUUACUGUGCCGGCACCGUUGAGCGAUGGACCCCUACCUGGUCCAAGCAGAGCGAUCCUAGCGGCCGAUCGAUCGCCACCCACAACCAGAAGUACACUCACAUUGAUUCGUAA